UUUAGUUAGGUUAUCAUUGUUUAUAAAAACAAAUAUUUCAAACUGUUACUUUAUGGUCGUUCUCCAGCCUAUAUUUCUGAGACCAUCAUACCAUAAUAAAUUAUACUGUGUGAAAUGACUUAGAGAUAAUAUUCUUCGAUCGCGUGGGAAUGAAAAAGCCCUAUGAUGGAGUAACGGGAAGAGGCCUAUCGAAUCCUUCACACACAGUGGCUCGUACUUCACCCCUUACUCGGAGUCAUACGCCAUCAUCAGAUCAUAGCCAGAGGCCUAAACGCGAACUAGAACUGAAAACUCAGUCACACCAUACUCAUUUCUCACAGCCAAAACAUAUUCCUACACUCCAACAACCCCCUGCUUCUACAUCACAGCAUCCACCUCCACAGCCACAGCCUAGCAAUGUGCCGCGGCAACAACCUAUUCUCUUUUCGAGACCAAGGGCCUCUAGAAGAGAGUUUUCUAUCCACCAGCUUAAACCUUUACCUAAUAAAUCCAGAGCAAGGACACCCAUGCAGCCUAGGAUUGUGCCAUCGAAGAAAUUCAAGAAGUCUGAAACCAGGAAUCGGGACACCCCUCCUCAUGUUAUUCCUCCUUACAACCCUUGCUGUCCCAGACUAUGUUGCCGUUGCAAUAUGUGCGUCUCUAUUUGUGUACUGGGCUUGGUGGUACUUCUGACAGCGAUUUUCGGCCACCCUUACCAACGAGGGUUCUUCUGCGAUGAUGAUUCCAUCAGGUAUCCCCUUGUUUCGGAGACCAUCACAACGCCCCAAGUGGCCAUCGCCAGCUUCGUCAUUCCCAUCCCCAUCAUAUUCGCGGUGGAAUGCUACCGUCUGCUGGAGACCAGCACGCCUCGCGACUCCUGGCACUCGGUGAGCCGCGCUGUUCUGAGGUCCUUCCUGGAGGUGUACGGUAUCUUCGUGUUCGGCUCCGGGCUGAGCCAGGUCACCGUGGACAUGGGCAAGUUGACGGUGGGACGCUUGAGGCCGCACUUCCUCACCGUCUGCCAGCCCGACAACCUGGACCAACUGUGUCCCUCGGACACCGCCCACACCUACAUCACUGACAUCCACUGCACCGGUUCUCCGGGGACCGUCGAGGAGGGCAGGUUAUCAUUCCCAUCGGGUCACGCAGCAGUGUCCUUCUACGCGGCCAUUUACGUAGUGGUGUUCCUGCGCCACCGGCUUUACUGGCGGGCUGUAAGGUUCCCCAACUACCUGCUACAGGCCGGCCUCGUGUUCGCGGCUUGGUUCACCUCCCUCUCGCGCGUCCAGAACUUCAUGCACCACCCCACGGACGUGCUGGCGGGCGCCAUCAUCGGCACCUUCUGGGCCAUUGUUGUGACAAGGUUCGUGAUCAACAUGAAAGUUGACUCAGAACAAAUGUCGAAGGACGACCUUCGGUCUCUAAGGGCGACUCCUACCCACUUACAAGGGCCAAACAGUGUCUGACAUGCCUCUCCUGAAUUGAAUUCUGUAAACUCUACUUCACUGUACAUAAGCAAAGAAUUUACUAGCUUUACUCUGACUGUGUAUACUGAUUAGUUAAAUAAUACUAAUUUAAAUAUUUUGAAAGUGA